AUGGCACCACCAUGGGUCACAUUUGAUAGCAUUGUCGCCUGGAAUGGAAAUUGUGCCAAUGGAGCAGAGCCAGAUAUUGCGGGCGUCGGCGUCGUCUUGUCAUUUGUCAUCGCAAGCUUCAUGACCACAUUCGCCUCUAUCCUCGCUAUGCUUCUCGACCAGGCCUUCGAUAACAAAGGUCACUUCACGCCUCGAGCGCCGCUGAUAUACAUACGCGAACGCUUUUUGGAGAACGGAUGGAAGAAACACUAUGCGUGGCGUCCGUUUCUAGACCCGCUCAUCAUUGGAUUCGGUGAUCAGCAGCUCAUCACUGGUUACGCUGUACUUUUGAGUGGGUGGAUUAAAGUAGCGCAAGGCUCUUUUCGUGUUCAGGGUGCUCACUUCGUCCUCAUCCUCUACAUAUGCGCCCUCUCGUCGUCGUCCCAUCUCGCUGCUCUGAUAACACUCCGAAAGUACUUCCGCAAGUACAAGCUCAUCGCAAAGAUCCGCCUCACGCUUGUCAUAUGCUUCGCCGUGUUCCUUCUCACCUCCAUGAUCGCUGCUAUCGCGAAGCCGCCCAGCCUUGUAGAAGAUAAUGAUGGCACACCCGUAGUGCGCAGUCGUGUACAAAGACUCUCUUUCCUCGUACCGCUGUUUCUCAUCUUGAUCGGCUUCUCCACUGCAAUGGUGUGCAUCCUAUAUGGUCCGGAAGGUAGAGGUUUGGACACACCAUCGUCUUGCUCAGAGACUUCAAUACAAGCCCUCGUACGCCGUUUGACCGACUCAACACAAAAGCAGAAAGCGUUCUCACUACAAAUUAUAUGUUCAGCGCGUCUUGGUCUGCGUCUCAUAUGCUUCCUCUUCCUUAAUCCAGCCAUUGCGUUCAUAGUCCAGAUCUUGCUCGCAAUAUUGUCCGCUACCCUGGUCCUGACACAGAAGUUCGCGGCACCAGAGGAUCCAAAGCAUUUCUGUGGUCUGCAAGACGAUGAAGAGAAUGUGUGGGGUUUUGGACAGACGCUGAGUGUUGUCAUGCUUCUAUUGCCAGCUAUCACGGCAUUACAGACGUACCUGGAGGCGCGCCAGGAUAUUAAGAAGGACUUCACUAGAAGGCACGACUAA